AUGAGUUAUUCCAGCGGUCGCGAGCACUACCACGAACCUCUUCCCCUCCGUUCUGGGACUCAGCCACACCAUGCCCUACUCUUCUCGCAGCGUCCUCGCGACAACAGGCCUGAGCCCAUCGAUCUCAGUUUGAUCUCCAAGUUCGACGAUUACAAUCUCCCUCUUACUUAUGCGUCGCCUCCGGGUCCUACCACUGCAGAGUUACAAGCAGAGAUCAACGCAGAGUUCGGCGCUCUUAUAGGAAACAGGACGCAGCCUGGGGGAGAAGAGUUCCUACAACAGAGGGCUCGCCUUCGUCACGUCCCAAAGAUCGAGCGUCCUUCGGUUAAUAUCCUGGAACCUCCUUCUCGGGGAUAUUGGGCGCCUCUCUCUUCAAGCUUUGAAAUCCUCCCGUCCGAGGGCAGCGCAUCACCAACUUCAGAAUAUCGUACUCCGGCGCGAAUUCGAAAACGCUUUCCCAGAACUCUAGACCUCGAAUUGGCAGAUCAAUUUCAACGACCUCCCUAUGGAAGCAGCUCAUCAUCGCCUCAGUACAGUCCAGGGUCUUCAUCUGACAGCGACAGUUCAGUCCUGUAUAUGCGUCCGAUAGAGCGCGUUCCCCUUCUCCCUUCCACUGCCAGAUCACCGAAUGCUGGUGCCGCGAGGCCAUUUGAUACGCUACAACAUGUCACUCGACAUCCCCACAGACGCAGUUCAUACUUGAAUGACCGCUAUAGUUAUUCAACGGGAGAGGAACACAGGCCAUCCAAGGAAGACGCCAGGGAGACGUGGGGUCGCGCAUGUCUCGACUGCUUGUUCUUCGGUGUCUUGUUGGUGUUAUUCACGUUCGCUAUCUUUUCGUAUGCUUGCAUCGUUCUUUUGUUUUUCCGCAACUGGUCACGUACAUAA